AUGGCACCUUCACCAGAGCGCGCAGAUGCUUCCAGGAGGCCAUCACGGCCAGUAAUCAACAUCGAAGGAGUAACUGACCCUCCCCAACGUCGUGAUUCUGCAGAUCGUGGAAGUGCUCGACCCGUUAAACCCCGUCGACGACGCCAGCAUAGCUUCCAAGGCAGGCCCUGGGCCCCCGAUGAGAACAUGUCUCCUUCAAUUGAGGAAAAGCCGGCCGUUGCAACAGCCCCAUCGGCGAAAUCGUCGGAGUGGCGCCUCAAAACGCGCAUUCUGCAUCCAACUGAGUCGAAACCAUCACACUCGGUCGACAUCGUAGUCGUGUAUAUGUACAAUGGUAGCCAAGGAGAUCAGGGGAACGCGGAUUUGACGCUAUUUCAAUUUUCUGAGCAAGCACAACAGGCCGAAAGGGAACCACCGAGUAAACAGCACCGGGCCGAUGCCGAAGGAGAGUUGAAAAAGGAGCGCAUGGCCAAUCCUGGUCUAGCUAAGUCUCUGUCAGGGAAAGAUGGGACUCUCCAUGCUCCAGACGCUAUCAGAAGUACUCCUACGACCAAGAGUUUUGUGAGACCCAGCCCAGCGUCCCGCGGCAGGUCCGCCUCUAAUGCGGAUGGAGCGUUCAUGACGAGUAAACUUCUCCCAAUGCCUGGUAAGGUCAAUUGGCUUAAGGACUCUGAUAUGCUACCCAAUAUCAUUCCCGAGGCGAGAAUAAUCGGCGUAGGGUUCGAUAUCCAGAAUAAUGCGGAUGUACCGAUCGAUUUUGAGACCGCUGCUGAACAAUUGUGCAACCAUCUUGCCGUAGUAAGAGCUAAUUGCUCGACGCGACCUAUUCUCUUUAUCGGACACGCUUAUGGAGGCAUCAUCAUUGAGCAAGCUUUGGUCAAAGGGGCGUGCCAAGAUACCAAGUCAAAGCCUAUUCUCGAAAACACCGCUGCCGUUUUCUUUUUUUCUUGCCCAAUACUUGGAUCCGACACGACAUCUAGACUCCUCGCAGAGUUAUAUGGCCUGUCACCAGAUGCAAGAUUCUUUGCGGAUAUGGGCGCUUCUUCUGCCAAGCUGCGGAGGCUCACGGAUGAGUUCAACGCCAAAGUAAUGCAGAAAGAUACUCGCAUGAAAUCAGAUUCUGGAGACCAGCCUAAGACAAAACUCCGUGUACGUAAGGGUGUAGUGAAGUCGGGAGACAUGUCUCGUCGCACAGGGUUUCCAAUCAUUCAAUUUGUGACAUCAGCCGAGUCCUCAUCGCAGCGAAAAGCUGAGCGUGCAGCGGAGAAGCUUAAGGUGGGUCGUGCCAUUGACCGCUUAGACGAUCCAGAAUCAAUUUUGGAGCUCACGAAGGACUUUCGAAGUGCAAUCCAAUUUUCCGGCCCCGAGGACCGGGAUUUCCAAAAUUUAGCUAAAUGGAUCCUUUCUGCCGUACACACACGUCAGUUCCUCGACGCUGCAACUGGACGUUUGGAAGAUAUGGAAUCUCUAAUCAACAAGCAAGGCGUCAACGUCAACCUCCGAGACCGAUGGUAUGUUGAUCAUUCUGAUAUCUCGAGGCCAUUCCACUGGCUGUCAUGUGGACAGCGAGCUGGAUCGUGUAUCUACUUUAAGCUAACGCGGUACCAUUUAGGGGCCAAACAGCGCUCCAUAUCGCGAUACAAAGAGCUAGUGAACCUCAGCCUAUGGUACGGCUACUACUGCGUAAAGGUUCCGCUGAUCCUUCGCCUAAGGAUAGACGAUUUGAACACUCCUUUACAUUAUGCGGUCGAGAGAAAUGACAUAACUAUCGUUCUGGAGCUCCUACACGCCGAUGUCAACGCUGAGAAUGGUGCUUUGGAGACGCCAAUAGAUUUGGCAGCUCGACACAAGUCCAGCAGACGCAUUGCGAAAUUACUUCGCCAACAAUCUUUGAAUCUGGUGGAAGGCCCUGCAGUAGGACCAAAGCAAUCAUCUGGACGUAAACCUACGCCACCGCAAUCAAAAGAAGGCAAACUUGCUUGUAAAAGCUUCCAGGUCACUGCCACAGAAGUCUUCUCGUUUGAAGGUACCGACCACCACUGGUCUUUACCAGUGUCGGUCCAAGAGGUGAUCUACGGCCCUUCCACUCUGGAGAACUUACUUAGACAGGUCCGCCCAAAGGAUGUGGCUCAGAAGACGCCCCUCUGCAGAUGGCUUCAUAUUCAUGAGAACAAUAUGAUGUGGGUGGAGCACCUCUUUGCGAAACUGGGGUAUUGCGGGUCAAUAUGGGCUGGGAGAGGCCAUAUGAGCCAAGCGCCACAUAGUCGCGCUAUUGCUCCCCAUGUGGCCCCUCCUCGCAACCAAGACCACCAGAACGAACUACUUGCCAUUUUUAUGCCAUAUCUGAGCUACGAAGUGAAUAAACGGCAGGCAAAAAUGAGCGAGUUCACAAGGAUAACGCAAGGCGAUUAUGAGUUUGAUGAUUCCCGCAGGAAACUAUUUGAGAAACUAUACAUGUCGCAUGGUCUAAAGAGCAGAGAAGAUCGCCUAAGAGAACGGACCGAUGAUGCCUCCGGCUCAGCGGACAGGAACAGGGGUGGCAGUGAAAGCGAUAAUGCUCGGAAUGUUGAGGGAAGCGAUUCAGCCUCCCAACAUGAUAUACCAGAGGAGCGCAAAGCUACACUUCGUGAACCGAUCUCCGAUUUGGAAUCGGAGUCUUCACAUUCAGAAUCAGACACAUCCAUCGUUGAUGAAUACGGCUUGGACGAGGAGGAUAAAUCCUUGAUCACGGCGUACCUGAAUGACCCACCAUCCUUACAUGUUCGGCGGACCCUAGACCAGUAUUACUAUCACAUGCUUGCCAGUACAAAGCAGAGGGACAAGGAUCAAGUCGUCACACGUUGGGCGAAGAGCGAACGCCAAGAGACACACAACAUUCUCAUGGUUGAUCAGCUAUGGCUGUGGCUGUUUCGGGCGGAAGAUGAAACAGACAUCAUCAUUUCGAGCUUCCCUGACAGGACGGGAUUCGGUUCGAGAGAUACGAGUAUGAGAUCAAUGGACAAGCUGCGAGAUCUCGUCUUGGAUCCAAUUGGGCAUAUGCGCGAUCCGAUUCAAAGCACAGCUGGCUUGGUCUUCCGAAUCCUCGCGACCUGCUCCAAUAUCUUUGAUCGUUGCCAAGAAUUCCAUAUGCUCCAGUUUCUUCAAGCUUUCGAAAUUUCCAUAGGGGAAGUCAGCGACAAGGAAACAUCGCUGUUCAAGAAGUUUCAAAAGCGGUCGACAAAGCUACAUGCGCUUAGCAAAGAGUACAAGGACUUCGAGAAGUGGAAGAGGGACUUACUGGAACAGCUGUUAGACAUAGGCAAGGAGACCAAGCUCCUUGUUGAAAUCAAGGACAUUCUAGAUGAGAUUAAGAUAAUAUUGACCAUCCUUCAAACCCAGAGAUCUGUGCUUUUGAAUUCGGGGCUGGAGAAAUUCGUGUUGGGCCUCUGUGGCGAUGACAGAAUGUCUCAAUUUGAAGACGCUCGACGCAUCAUUGAGACUAGCACCGCAGACUUCAAAAGGAUGCAAACUCAAGCGGAAGCAGUGCAGAGCUCACUGAAUUCUCUGAUGGAUCUUAAGCAAAAAGCUGCUAACGCGUGGGAAGCUCGAUCUGCGCGUGAAGGUGCUCUGGCGACAGCAAAACAGGGCAAUACCAUGCUCGUUUUCACCGUUGUCACUAUCAUAUUUCUACCACUAUCAUUCAUGGCAUCCUUCUUUGCUCUUGACGUUGCAUCAUUCCCCCAGGAUCCAAAAACCGGUCAGACUAAUUGGCCCCUACGCCUUGUCUCAGGCUUCAUAUAUUACUACUCUAUAUUCUGGGGAUUUUACGAAGACCGCGGAUCAAGAAGCUCAACAGGAAACGCCAGCAGUGGUCCAGGCAGCUCAGACGUCGCCAAGCCCAACCACGGCAGAGCGCUACUGUCCGACAGCCCGUAUUCGAGCGGCUCCACCUCGGUCUCGGAUGUCGAUAGCGAUCAUUCUGGUCUUUGCCAGCGUGCGAUAAUGCGAAUCGUUAGAGCUUCGAAGGGGAUACGAAACCCGAGGCAACGGGCGGAAGAUGCUGAGGAGUCGGUGGGAAAGAGGAACCGCCUACGGCGCUUCACAACUCGGAUGAAGACUAGAGUUGCGGAUAAUGAAUGGAAUGGAUAA